UCACCACAAGAUGACGCAUCGUUCGUUAACGAUAGUUCCAAUGUCUACCACGACAUUUUGAAUCGCAAGAGGCGCGAUGUAUCGAAUUUCGCGGGAAGCCGGUCGUUCGCGAUCGGAGUCCGACUGAGUGCGGCGCGUCAACGUGACGAGGAUGAACGGUCGAUCAGAAUUUUGUCCACACUCGCGCCGAGUGGGAUUCCGACCGGACACGUGACCGCGCAUGCCGCGGCGUCGGUGGUCGGGCACGCGUAUACGACCGACCUCGUCUCCCUGCUUCUGUCCAAGUAGUUGCUCGGCAACGGGCUGUAUGUACCUGUUUCGUCGAUAGAAGCGUCAGGAGUUCCUCCGUCGCGCCGUUGCUCGCGCCCAGGCCAGCCCAGACCGCGGGAACGCGCCCAAUACGCAAGAUCUACCGGACACGGACCUACACCAACCCACUACGCAAAAUGCCGGCAAACGGACAACUUUGGAAGCCGGAAGAGGAUCCUUUGAUCGAGUUCGACGUCAAUCGGGAUGGGGCUUUGGACCUGCAGGAGUUCCGGGCACUUUGCGAGAAACUAUUCGGCUCCGAGGAGGUGGAAAAGCACGAGGAUGCGGUGAAAGAAAUUUUCCAAAUCUUUGACACCGAUGGAGAUGAUCUGCUGACCGGCGAAGAAUGGACUAGGUGUAACGAGAAAUGGGUCGCCGUCGUCGCGAGCCCAGUGAACGCCCUAUUGGUGGUGGAUGUACAGAAUGAUUUCAUCGACGGAACGAUUGCCCUUCGCGAUUGCGGAAAAGGAGAAGACGGGGCGGACGUCGUAGAGCCGAUCAACCGGCUGGUCAAAGAAGGUGACUGGCACAAAAUAAUAUAUUCCCUUGACUGGCAUCCCGAAGAUCACAUUGGAUUUUAUCACAACCUGAGCAUGCGAGAGCUCCAUCCCGAUUCAAAGGUUUCCAAGGAAGAGGCUAAGCUGUUCGACACCGUAAUAUUUUUCGAUCCUCAUUUGGAGCAAAGACUUUGGCCCAGGCACUGCGUUAUGGAUUCGUGGGGAGCUCAACUCCACAAGGAUCUGAUUGUCGCGUCAGGUUCCGCACAGGUACGAAAAGGCCAGAACCCUGAUAUGGAGACGUAUUCCGUCUUCUUCGACAACAAUGCGGUGAACUCGACGGAAUUGCUAGAUAUUCUUCGCGACGACGACGUCACGGACGUUUACGUCUGCGGUUUGGCUUACGACAUCUGCGUUAGGGCUACCUGUCUCGACGGUUUGCGCCUGGGAUAUCGAUUGGCGGUCAUAGAUGAUUGCUGCCGCGGAGUCGACCCGGAUGAUAUCGCAAAGACCCGAGACGAGAUAUCGGACAAGGGUGGAUUUUUGGCCAAGAGCGACGACGUCUUGUCCCUGGUCAAUGGUCAAAAGCGAAGCUUAAUCAUGGCGCGUCAGGGAGCCAGAAAUUUACUUAAAAAUUCCUCCGGCGACCCUACCGACUAAGAGUCCAAGAAGAGAAAACUAUAGUAUUAUAAUUUACAAACGGAGAAUGCACUUAAAGCUAUAUUAAGAAUCUUGACUUUUGAGUCACCCACGAGCAUAUCUUGAGAAAAGAGGAUCGUCACGACUCCUCCGUACUUACGUUCGAGGAAAAUAGAACAGCUUUAUAGUUAUAAGAUUUUAAAUUCUCGCAGCAUUACCAACGUACCUUAGUAGGAUUAAAGACGAUUCCAUUAUCGGUCAUUAGGGCAGGCCUGAAAUAUUCCAAUUUUCCAAAAACGAAGAAUUUCAUUUUCUUAGGAUUAAGUUAUUUAUAGAAUUCCGUACAAAUUUAAACCGAAACGAAAUACUUGACGUCCUCGGUUAAAACAUGCAACUAACGUUUACCUCAAAGUUCCUGUUCACGAAGAGACAUUUUUGGUAGAGCUUACCCCUUUACGUUGUAGUGGACACGCUGUUUUCAAUAGGUUAAUUUAAUUCAAUGAAUUCCACGUUUGUUAGGUAAUUAAACGAGGCGACGUGGGAACAGUUAGUCCAUGACAGGUUGUAAUAAAGUACAAAAAUGGUACGAUAUAAUACGAUAUUUAUGUUUUAUCUCUCGUAUCGCGUACCAUUAGAAACUGUCGAAAUCGCGCGACAAGCCAGUGAAUGAGUUGUAAAGACUUUAUAUACUUACAUAAUAAACGUGAUAAUCCUUCGCCA